AUGUCAAGCAUUCAAGACGUAUCACCGACCAAGUUACCCUCUGAGCGUGCCCCGCUCCUUCCAGAGCGGCAGGAUGCAUCAAACAGUAGACGCCAAUUUUCCCCAUUGACACUUCUAAUUCCGCUAGCUGUCGUGACACGACUUACUUCAACUCUUCCUACGACGACAUUACUGGGGGUUAUCCAGUCAAUCAUCUGUCGGCUGUGGCUUAUUUCAAAUGGCAACUUGCCACCUGGCAGGGAGAUAUCUGAGGAACUAUGCGCGGUUCCAGAGGUGGAUAAAACAUACGCCACAGUCAUUUCAGUCAUUUUAAUUGGCGAAGGGCUUGGAGCCAUGGUCGCAUGCAGUGUGAUUAGCCAUAUUAGCUCCAGAUUCGGAAGAAAACCAGUUAUCCUUGGCAUAGUUGCCAUUAGUUUUUUGGGAUAUUCUCUUAUGGUCUGCUCCCAGUACCUGUCUGAAUGGCUAGAAGCAAGUUUUAUGAUCGCCUUUCUAUUACUGCGAAUGUUCAGUGGUGUGCUGACUAUGAUGUUUAUCGUGAACAUCUAUACCAUUGAUAUCUCCGGUGCUGAGGACAGAACACCCGUUUUGAGUGCCAUUAAUGGAUGGGCUACGCUAGGCCAAACAGUCUCCUUUGCUGUUGGUGGAUUUGUCACCACCAAGACCAAUGAUCCGCUAAUCGUGUUUUACAUCUCCGUCUUCCUCCUCGGGGCAAUAUUCGUCUAUGUCCUAGCUUUCCUCCCCGAAUCGUUCCCUGAAGGGAAACGUGAUGAACUGCGUCGCCAGCGCCUCGCUCAGCAGAAUGUGGAAGCAAGUGCUCGUCGAAAUUUAUCGAGCCGCCUCAUAUCUACAAUAGCCAUUGCGUUCGAACCUCUGAAACAGCUUGUUCCUGCCCGCAAGGCAGAUGGCAGACGGAACUUGCGAGUAUUGUAUUGUGCAAUUCAUAUCAUGAUCGCGACGCUUGCGGACACGUAUACGCCGGCAGCCCUUUUAUUGUUGUACAUAACAAAAUACAGCUACAACCCUGCUCAGACCGGAAUUGUGUUAACAACACUGAGCUUGAGCGCUGCGUUCUCUCUUACAUACGCGAUACCCUCACUGAUUCGUGUAUUACGUCCGAUUUACGCCAGGGAGGUUGUUCUCCCUGAAGACCAAGAGGACCCUAGCGAUGACACUGCCGUAUCUAGGUCGACAGACCUUCUCGAUAUCCAUAUCACUUUCGUCUCCUUGGUCAUCAAUGCUCUCGCCUAUAUAAUGGCGUCUGCAACGACGACUCGUGUUUCACAUCUCAUAGCCGUGACUAUUGCCGGGUUCAGCGCAGCACAUACUCCCAUCAUUCGAAGUCUCGUGGUGUCAUCGGUCGAUCCCUUAAAACAAGGCACGUAUUUUGAAGCUGCAAACAUCCAAUUGACAACUCAUGAAUCGCGUCGGAUAGGAGAGGUACUAGCUGCUAUCGAAAUGAUGUCAAGCAUUGGAGCUUUCCUCUCCCCUCUUGUCAUGGGCAGCAUUUUUACUGCCACAAUCUCGAGUCAACCGAUGCUGGUGUUCUAUACCCAUGGGGCGAUCGUGAUCGCGGCCGCGUCGCUACUCUUUCUCAUCAGACUCCGACCGCUAUCAGAAGCUACCACAACACAGCAUUAA